AUGGGAGUCGGAAAGUUGAUGAUUGGUAUAAUUAUUCCAUUGUCAAUUUUUGGUUGUGUAAGCACUGAAAUCUGCUCGGUCUACAACAACGUGCAAAUUUUGAAGAAUAAUGAUAAAGGAUCCAAUUCCUAUGUAAGAUCAUACAAUUUAGAAGAAAACGGGGAACUGUCAAUAAAUAUUGAAAUACAAUUCGAAUGCAAGGUAAUAAUAUUCAACGCGGAAAAUGUUACUCAUAUUAGUAAAAUCAGAUUGGAAAAUACUGCAAAUCACAAAAUUUACACGACUGAUGACUACUCUACUUACGAGAACAUUAUUUUGAAAAUUUCAUUCGCGGAAAAUGUACCUCCAGGGAGUUAUAAAAUCAACUUUGAUUACAACUCCGAGAUAAACUCGCCUGCUGUGCUUUCCGAAUGGAUCAUGCUGACCAAUUUCGACGACGAUCACGUUGAUGAAAAAAACAGUAACGCAACGAGAGUAUGGCUCCGAAAAAGUGCUCUGGGCCAUGGGAAAUAUUUAGUAAAAAACGUCGAAAGUUUAUUGGAAGCUUUUGAAAACUUUAUCGGCUUCUCGUACAAUAAAAACAAGUACGUUAAACUGGACUUAUUCGUGGUGCCUCAAAGUCCAAAGUCCAAGCAUCGUCGCGGAGAGUUUAUUUAUGUCGACGAAGAAAUUUUCGUCAACGAAGAUAAUAUUGCUACGAAUAAUGCCGAACAAUUGUACCGUACUAUUGUAGAAAUGAUGAUUAACCAGGCAUUUGAAGGUUAUAACCCUCCUCAAGUCAGUCCAUUUAGCCGAUUAGCAUUCACACUUAGAAAAUAUUUGGUGUACCUUAUCACCGAUAAGGCUAUUCCAUCGUGGCAUUUACAAGAUGAGUAUGCUCGCCUACUACGAUACAGUAUCUUUGAAAGUGAUUAUCUUUUCAGCCACUUACAUGCAUACGACAUGUUUGAUAGUUACCCUAACAAUGGCUUAGUGCUUCGCAUGAUAGAACAUGCAGCUGGAAAAGAAUUUUUUUCCAACAGUUUGAAGACAUACUUACAAAAUCGAACUGCAGUCUACACUACAAAUUUUUUUACCGUGCUGAUGACAGAAAUGUCUGGUGACAGAAAAGACUUUCUAGAGAAUAUUUUCACCAGCUGGAUAAAUAAUAUUGGUUAUCCUAUCGUAACUAUUACUAGGGAUUAUGGAAAUAAUUCGGCUAUUAUAACACAGUCACGUUUUUUGAGAAACAGUAAUAAAAUUUCAAUUAUACGACACUGGAUCGCAUUGAAUAACGCAACUCAGGAAAACGCUGAUUUUGAUGAUACCACUGUCACUAUGUGGUUCGAUCCAAAAAUAGAAUCACUAGAAAUUGUGACACCUCCCCCGGACCAAUGGGUCAUAUGCAACAAACAGCAAUUUGGCUACUAUCGGGUUAAUUAUGAUGAGAAAAAUUGGAAACUGAUUACUGAUUAUCUCAAGUCUGGAAAUUACCAAAAAAUUCAUGUUCUGAACCGCGCGCAACUUAUAGACGACGCGUUUGUUUUCGCUGAAUUUGGAUACCUCAAUUUCAACGUCGCCUUUGAUUUGGCGAGAUAUCUCAAAAUUGAGACAGAAUAUGUCCCGUGGGCGACUUUUUGGGAAAAAAUGUUCCGUUUAUAUCAAUACUCUUCAAUAUCUGGUUCUCAAUACUACGAACCGUUUAAAGUAAGCAUUAAAUCACACUCAAAUUGUUCGAUUCUUAGAUGA